CUCCACUACGAAGUACUUCCUAAUAUCGGACCCCGAAUUGAUGUUCAUGCAACAUGAGUUCGAAGUGCGAUCUUCCGUAAUCAGGUCUUUGACCUUACAAUUGUUUUUUGUGUGUUGGUCCAAGUCGCAAGCGCCGUCAAAGAAGUCACGCUCAUAGCAACCUCCUGUGUGGAUGCUGCUGCAUCGGUCUCUUCAGAACUCACUACCAAGCACUGAGACCCUAGCCUGCGGUCCGUGUCUACAAGACAUCUGCGCGAGCAUAUCCACCUACGCCGAGGUCGGUCAAUGAGUUCAUUUGUGAGCAUACCUACGCGCAGCGUCACUUGGUGGAUAAAGAGGCGGUGACUGGUGGUACGAAGAAAUGCUGCCGCCCGUGGACGACCAAGUCCUGCGCGACAACCCUGAGUUCGCCAGGCUGUAUUCCACGCUCACCAACGUCGUCCUCAACCCCGACGGGACAACAAAGCAUGACGAGGGGGAGAAGAAGCGAGAAGCUGUCCGCAAGGAACUCGACGAGUACCGCAUCGUGGCUGUCAAGCAACGCCUACUCACACAUGCCAUCGCCACGGCCUCGCCGCUUGACUCGAGGGCUCCCGCGGCCAGGUCCAUCAGCCAGCCGGGGCAGCGCAGGCGAGAAGGAGUGACCACGGGCGGCGGCGCUGCCGAGGUGCCCGAACGGCUCGUCGACCUCCUCCUCCUCCUCCCUCAGCUCCUUGAGGCCGACACAACCCUCUCGUCAGAGUCAAUAGAGCUAUUGGUUUCCAGCCCACCGCUCUCAGAACUCGGGUCGAUGAUGCCGGACCUCGCCGCCCUCGUUUCCUCAAAUCUAUACUCCUCAGCUCUUAGUCUCGCCCGGCUCACCCACCCCACCACCAACGCGUCCUACCUCCAUCGCCACAUCGCCUCCCUCCCACAAGACUACGCAGCCCUCUGCGCGAGCUUAGGCAAGGCGGUGGAGGAUCUCGCCGUCGCUCGCACGCGCACGCUGGCGUCUCUCGUCGAACUCUUGCACACGUACACGCAGUGCCUCGCGCACCUCGUCCGGUCCCUCGAGGCGAAGCACGGCGUUGUCGCGCGCAGCCUGGAGCUCCGCGCGACCGAUGUCGCCCUGCAGGCGCAGCGCGUCGACGCCGAUGCGCAAGGCGCCUUGCGUAGUCUUAUGAAGGAGGUGUACUCUCCCGAGGCGGUCGGCGCGCUGCGAAACUACGCGGCGCACUUGCAGGACGCUGAGCUCAGGACGACGGACCGCUUGCGGAACCUCCAGGCUGAACUCGCUGAUUAUGGCGUCGGGACUGCUGGCGGCGAAGGCAAGGAGAAGUUGAUGAGGGAGAUGGCUAGGGUGCAUGGCGAAAUGACACGGCAAAUAGAGGAGGUGCAGAAGGAUCUAGAACGGCUGCAGGACGGCUAGCAUGGUACACAACAGUUUGACCUUGGGAGUCUAGGCUUUCUAAUCACAUUACGACGACAGGAGUCUGACUCAAAAAACUCGUAGCAAGGCAACUGCCUCAUCUAUAACGGAUAAUCUUACAG